AUGACGCGCACAUCGCAAUCAGUGCAGUUGCUACCGCCUCAAAGUAAUGAUUUUGACCUCUUCUCCACCGGAUCGGGCCUUUCUCCCAAGGGAGACAUCCACUCCAACAUCAACUGGUCCGGGGGCAACCAGCCUGCCACCCACUUCAACCAACCAUAUGCCGAAAACAUCCACCCAUCGCAAUUAUGGAACACGCCGGACCCCUUUUUCGCCAGUACAGGAUAUCCGCCAAAUCAUUUCACGCAUCGCGACUCGGGAUACGAGGCGAUGGACGAGUCCCAGGAUCCCCUAUACCCAAGUGAACUUCCAACCUAUACCGGAUAUCCAGAUUCCAUGGAGCCAGACUCUGCAGACUCUGGGGCCAGAGAUUCGGGCUCUGAAUCCUACACCCUAGGCGAGAAAUUUCGCUACCAUACAACGCUUCGCACCUCUACAGCUACGGUCGACAACCCUAGCGAUGCGCCCGUGACAUAUCUGAAUAAAGGCCAGGUGUACUAUAUCCAGGUCGCCGAUUCGACGCCACCCAGGGCGCAGUUUGAGCCUACCCAAUAUCGGACAUGGAUUCGCAUUACUUUCGAUCGAGAGGAGCAGCGAUCCGACCCAACUGCAUACUGGCGAAUGUGGAAAGAGGGCCGGGGUUCGACUGAAUCGCAGAACCGUGAAGACAAAAUGGUGGCUGUUGAAUUCGCGGGCCAGAAAAACCAUCAGGUGAAGAUCGGAGAGUCAUCGCUGGACGGAUUUUGUGUGACAUGGACUGUCCAACCCGGAAACAAUAUCCAUCGAUGCACCAUCCCCGUUCGAUUCAACUUCCUAUCCACAGACUUUACCCACUCCAAGGGAGUCAAGGGAAUGUCAGUGCGACUCUGUUCCAAAACGGAACAGCUCAAUUUCCUGCAAGACCGCGAAUCAGAGAUAUGUUUCUGUAAAGUCAAACUCUUCCGAGACCACGGAGCUGAGCGGAAACUGGCAAAUGAUGCGACUAUCACUCGCAAAAAGAUUGAAAGACUGAAAAAGAUGCUCGAGAAGUCAGAGGGCCCAGAGCCACAAAAUAAGCGGAAGCGCAGCAGCAUAGAAACGCAGAGUCGACUGAAUCACGAAAGUGGUUGGACGGGAGGCAUCUUUGAUAGCCCGCCUCCAACACCAUUCCACGACAAACAGCAGAGGAAACUGACUGCGCUACUGAAAUCUCUGUCUUCCUCUCGCCCUGAAAGUGUAUUCGGGAUCCGUGGCGACAGCAUAGACGAUCCCGAAUUGAAUCCAAUCCGCCAAGAUGAAAUCACCUCUCACAAGCCCGAUGCCUCUCAGUUCAAGGCCCCAUCCCAAGAUGGUAGCUCUUCAUCACGCCCAAAAUCCAGACUUUCUACUCCCGAGAAUGCCUCCAGUCUAUCGGAUGAAGUCAAUGAAGCACUCCUGGCCGCAUCAAAGAAAUCAAGUCCGCGACGGAGUGUUUCUAUGCCAGUGGCGUGCUUCUUCAUAAUUCUCGCUGGAAGCGAACCUUCUCUCAGCCAGCACUAUCGCGCAAUUUACCCUCGCGAGCGAACAGCCCAAGAGCUGGUGAAGUGGAUCUGCGAAAAGUACCUUGUAGAUCCGACAACUAUUGCCCGUGUUCUUUACACCAACAAUGCCGGACUCGAAAUCAUAGUCGACGACGACUUUGUCCAGGAGAUGGCCGAAGGCCAGAGCAUGGUUGUUGAGAUUGGUCCUCCGUCCGGGGCGGAGACCACGUCAAACACCAUGCAGGUGAUUCGCUUGAAGUAUUAA